AUGACUGGUGCCAGUCUCUUCUCCCGCGCUCACAAGCCGAGAGGGUCGACGCCAAAGAAAAUACGCGGCUUCCUUGCAUUACCCGGUGAGAUCAGAAACCAAAUAUACGGCUACUACUUCGACUCGGAGCGUCGCUGUGAGAUCGCCAGCAAAGGAUCACAAUUCACUCAGCGAAAGCCACAGACUGUCAAGUUGUUAUCAAAUGUGAUUGCUAAAAAGAGUAUAACUCCUGCGCCUACUCCUGAGACAAACGCUACUCUUGCUAUCGUGGUCCGCUUCUCAAGGUUACUUGGGAAAUACAACGCUGUUCAAGGUCUCGGAACGAACUGGCCAGGCUCGCUAUGUGCUCUAAGUCUUGUCUGCAAACACAUCUAUACGGAGACAGCAAAGCUCCUCUAUCAGAACACAGUCUUCGUGUUUGAUGCGCCAAAGCGCAUGGUAAAUUUCUUCAAACACGCCUCUGCCGUUCACUUGGGAAGCAUCACGAAGUUACAUCUCCACUACCGCACUUAUGGAGAUCCACACAAGACCGUGAACCUAGUUUGGCAAGAGAAUCACCAUCAAAGUUGGCAGCGAGCUUGCGAAGCCGCUUCGAAGAAGCUUACUGGCCUACGCGAGCUUGAGGUCUGGGUAUAUCUUCCUCAUGUCAAUGGAAACCUCAGCCUGCGGGAGAAAUGGAUUGCACCUCUGCUUCACUUUCGUCGAUUAGCAUUUCCAAGGCAAGCGACGGGCCCGACUGUGGUCCCACGACCGUUUGCCCAACGCCAGUUAGGUCUCCAUAUCGUCAAGGUUCAUUUUCAGCGUUCCUACGUUGAUCGUUGGUGUCAUAGUCACAACCGCGCACUAGUUUCUGCAAGGAGGGAAUUGCAUCUGCUUUUCGGGCAGGCUAUCGGUCUUGCGAUUACAGGGGCGACGGAAGAAGCGGCCAUGUCUGGGUUCAGAGAAGCGUAUGAAGGGAGGCAUGCACAGUACCGACCCUAUUUCCCACCUUCCUAGACGGGUCGAUAAGGACGGUUCCCGAAAAUAUGGCCAUACCGGGUGUUGAGAAGGUCGGUCAAAGAAAAGCUUGGGGGAUUGAACAGGUAUUCCGAGGGGCCUGAUGUGGGCGCUCUAUGUGCCACUCCUUGUUGCAUAAGAGCAUCAUGCUCAGCUCAUGCAUACGAAGGCAUCCAAUAUAAUCAGACCAAACUACUAGAUAUAAGACUGAUGGUCUUCAU